CUAAAACGGCACUUACAAUUGAAAGCGAUCGUUCUCACAUUUGAUUUCCUUUCGGAAUUCUUUCAAUUAUCGAGUUAAAUUUCUGCUGUGUUCUCUGUAACAGGGUUCGCUCGUUUCCCAAAUGUGCUUUUCCUGCAUUUGAAUCUCAUUGAUUUCUAUACAGUUAACAAAAUUACAGAGUAUGGCUUUGGAAGAUCCAUUGCUUUCUUUCUCUAUCCCAAGCUAAAAUAUUGCCUGUGGUACAAAGACAACAUUUAUUGCUGUGUACUCUUCUCAUAUGCAAUGCCCUUGCGAUGGAAGCACUUCCUAUUUUUUUGAAUUCACUCAUAUCAGCCUGGGGUGCUAUUCUUAUAUCUGUGACUCUUAUUCUUCUGUUUGGAGAAAUUCUCCCACAAUCUAUUUGUACUCGGUAUGGUUUAGCAGUUGGGGCAACAAUGGCUCCAGUAGUUCGUGUGCUUGUUUGGUUCUGCUUUCCAGUUGCUUUCCCUAUAAGCAAGGUUUUGGAUUAUUUAUUGGGUGAAGGUCAUGUUGCUCUUUUUCGCAGAGCUGAGUUGCAGGCUCUUGUAACGAUGCAUGGGAAUGAGGCUGGGAAAGGUGGAGAAUUAUCACAUCAUGAAACUUCCAUUAUUUCUGGAGCAUUGGAGUUAGCUGGAAAAACAGCAUUGCAUGCAAUGACUCCAAUUUCUGAAACAUUUUCUCUUGAUAUUGAUGAAGCUCUUGAUAGCGAAAAGAUGAUUAUGUUACUAGAGAAAGGACACAGCAGAGUGCCUGUAUUUUUUGGACAAUCAACAAAUAUCAUUGGAUUAAUUUUGGUGAAGAACUUGUUGGCAUUGGAUCUUACAAAGGAAGUACACAUCCGGAACAUCACCCUUCGAAAAAUUCCUAGGGUUUCGUCCAACAUGCCUUUGUAUGAUUUAUUGAAUGAGUUCCGAAAAGGUCAUAGUCACAUGGCUGUGGUUGUGAAUUUUCCUGAAGAAAAGGAGCAAGAUUUGGAAAGAGCAAGCGAUGUAGAGGCCAAGAUUAACAAAAGUCUAAGCCGAGAUCGAAAAGUAUUAUUGAAAGAAAAAGUAGAACAUGAGACACUUGAUGUCAUCAAGAGUGACUUGCUGCAAGACUUUCGUGACCAUUCUACUACAGACAAGUCACCACGAUCUGCAUGCAAAAUAUCAUCCAAUUCCUGUCUCUCUGUUAAAACAAUACGAAGAUCAAAGAGGUGGUCAGAAAUCGUGUCAGAGGAUAUCCUUCAAAUUGACAAUAAACCUCUUCCAACAUUUGCAGAAGAUGAGAAGGUUGUCGGCAUAAUAACUUUGGAGGAUGUCCUUGAGGAGAUUUUACAGGGGGAGAUUUUGGAUGAGACAGAUUACAAUCAUGAUAGGCAUUGUCAAUAACUAUGUUUCUUUAAAUUGAGGUUGUACAUGAACUUUGUUAUGCAUUCCUCUAAUUUUAGGGGCAUGGUGCUCUAAAAAAAUGUAAUAAAUUUGUAAUAUAUUAAACGUAUUAGUGCCUUUCUUUUA